AUGUGGGAUGUGAAGUUAUGCAUGUCUGAGCACGACUUCGUUGCCAAUCCAUGCCUCUCUAUUGCCUCCACUCGUGACCUCCUUGACCUCAAACGCACUCUAGAGGAGCGCGAGAUGGCGCUUGCAGCUGCUCCACCUCCUCUCGUUUCCGGUCUAAAGGUCAAGGUCGCAAUGGAGGCACUGCAACCACAUCCUUCUCCACCGCCUCCUAUUCCACAGAAACCACAGCAUCAGCAGCCGCAACACAUAGUAGCAGCUGAACAACCCAUUUGGCCGGUGUCUGUGAGUCGAGAGCGACCACAAUCUCUUCUUCUUAUGCAGAAUCGCCUACCUGACCGAAAUGGCCGCCCUGAAGGUGUGGAUCAGUCCCAUCUUCGUGUCGAUCGCGAUCUGCUUCUGUGA